CAUCAGUCACUGCUGCUCAUCCUCACUCACACGCCUCAUUGAUAAGCCUCAUCACAGGGCCUCUUGCGCCAUGGAUGCCGAGGUUGUCAAGCUGCUGCUUGUAGGUGAUGAAAAGUGCGGCAAGACAACAUUUCUAUCGCGGCUCAGCGCUGGCGAGCAUACCAAUCCGAUCCCGCUGCUUCGCGACAUUGAUCAGCCUUACAUCUUCAACAUCAACCUCGGCAGCAAAAAAUACUGCUUAGAGUUUUAUGAUACAUCAUGCCCCGACAAUUGGCGACUCCUCGACCCGGACGUCGUUGUCAUCUGCUAUGACAUCAGCCAGCGCCUCAGCCUCAUCAAUAUGAGGCGCUACUGGCUCGAUGAAGUCAAGAGGGCCUUUAAGAGGAUAGACAGCUUGCCCUUGGUGAUACUCGGGCUGAAAAGGGACCUGAGGUCGGAGUCGGAUCCCAACGGCAUCAUAUACCCGCAAGAGGCGUACCAGGUCGCGCAGACGAUGCGGGCAGACCGGUACGUCGAGUGCUCCGCAGUGACGGGUGAGCUGGUAAAACCGGCAUUUGAGGAUAUCUGCAAGACAGCGACCAGUGCACCGUCGGAGACGGGUGGCAAGAGCGAGGGUGGCUGUACGGUACUUUGAGGAGCCAGGCCCUGCAUGGUUGGCAUAAUGGCAAGCGAACCAGUCUUAUGCGGCGGCGUCGUCCAUAUUCACAUCUCCGCCCUCGGCGGCUCCCCCGGCUCCUCGGUUGUGCUCGGCGGCCUCAAACUUGCCGAGGACGUCGGCAAUGAUGUCGACCAUCUCUUGUUGCUGGUCCUCGGUGAAGCGCUCGCUCAUCUCCUCCACGACGGUGUUCAGGCCAAUAACCGACGCCGGACGCAGGUUGAGGAUCAUGACGACCUCGCCCUUAGAGAGGUCGAAUGGGCGUAGGCGCUCAAGGAGCUGCGAGAUGGACGCGGGCGUAUAUGUAGUGGGCUCCUGGCUCAAGGGCCCCGGGGCGGUCCGCAGAUAUUGCAGCAGCUGCACGGGUAGUAGACGGCGCGGUCAGCCAGGUCCGUCAACAGCAUGAGUAGUAAGCAACUUGAGCAGUCACCCACCUCCUUGACGACAGUCUCCAGGUUCCCCGGGCCGCGUCGCUUCUUGCUCUUGUAGCGCUGGCGCUGGUCCACGAGGUG